AUGCGCCCCGCCACGGCGACAGCGGCGCCUGUCCGCCUGGCACGCGCGACACGACAGUAUCGAGGCAUUGCAGGCCCCCACUGCCUCGCUGGACGAUCGCAACCUUUUGUUCUGCAGUCAAGAUCAUACGCAAAUGUCCCCCCGCGGUCCCAAGCCCGAACCUCCCUGACGCCGUUCUUCUUCGACGCCCACAAGGCCCCCAAGGCUUCCGUCCGACCCAUAUCCGGCAAGCCUCUACCUCAGGUCAAGUCCAGGGCCUGGAACUUUGCCUAUCGAGCGGCAGCCUGGUUUGGUAUCUCUGUUGCCUUUGUCGGCGUUAGUGUCGUCGGCUUCUUCAUUUACGAUGCCUCGACAUACAAGGAACAUACCACCGGCAUGGACAUCACCGUCUCGCAGAUGGCCUUGAACCCCCGCAUUGGCGGACCAAAGAACCUGCCAAUCGCCGAGGUCUUCAUUGAUGACUCUGAUCAUGAAACGAAGCAGAACCAGAAGGACAAGCCGAAGCUCGUCAUCCUCGGUGGCGGAUGGGGUGGCGUUGCCAUGCUCAAGGAGCUGAACCCCGACGACUACCACGUGACGGUCAUCUCGCCCAAGAACUACUUCCUUUUCACGCCCAUGCUGCCCUCCGCCACUGUCGGCACCCUCGAGCUCCGCUCUCUCGUUGAGCCUAUCCGCAGAGUUCUCGCCCGUGUCAAUGGCCACUUUGUACGCGCCAAGGCGGAGAAUGUCGAGUUCUCCCAUAAGCUCGUCGAGGUGUCUCAAGAGGACAAGCAGGGAAACGUGACGAGAUUCUACGUUCCAUACGACAAGCUUGUUAUUGCCGUGGGCUCAACGACGAACCCCCACGGUGUCAAAGGACUGGAGAACGCCCACUUUCUCAAGGACAUUAACGAUGCGCGCUUGAUCCGCAACUCGAUCAUCCGCAACCUUGAAAAGUCUUGCCUACCGACCACCACCGACGAGGAGCGCAAACGCCUCCUGUCUUUUGUUGUCAGCGGCGGCGGCCCCACGGGUGUUGAGUUUGCGGCUGAGCUCUUCGAUCUUUUGAACGAGGACCUGACGGAGAACUUCCCUCGCCUCCUGCGCAACCAAAUCUCGGUGCACCUGAUCCAGAGCCGUAGCCACAUCCUCAACACCUAUGAUGAGGCAGUCUCCAAGUAUGCCGAAGCCCGUUUUGCACGCGACCAGGUUGAUGUUCAAAUCAACUCCCGCGUUCAGGAGGUCCAGCCCGACAAAAUCAUCUACACACAGCGUCAGGAUGACGGUAGCAUCGUCACGAAAGAGAUCCCCAUGGGUUUCUGCCUCUGGUCCACUGGUGUUUCUCAGACGGAAUUCUGCAAGCGUCUCUCGGAUAAGCUAGGCAGCAUGCAGACGAACCGGCAUGCCCUCGAGACGGACACCCAUCUCCGCCUCAACGGUGCGCCCCUAGGCGAUGUCUAUGCCAUUGGCGACUGCUCUACGGUCCAGAACAACGUUGCCGAUCAUAUCGUGACAUUCCUCCGCAACCUUGCAUGGAAACGCGGCAAGGAUCCCGAAACUCUUGAACUGCAUUUCAGCGACUGGCGUGACGUCGCCUCUGACAUUAAGAAGCGAUUCCCACAAGCUAUUGGCCACCUGAAGCGCGUUGAUAAGCUGUUUGCUCAGUUUGACAAGGAUCAGUCCGGUACCCUCGACUUUGGCGAACUUCGUGAGCUGCUCAAGCAGAUCGACUCCAAGCUCACCAGUUUGCCCGCAACGGCCCAGCGUGCUCAUCAACAAGGCCAGUACCUUGCGCACAAGUUCAACAAGAUGGCGCGCACAGCCGACGCGCUGAGGCAGAACGAGAUCCAGGACGGCGACAUUGACUCUGUUGUCUACAGGGCGUUUGAGUACCACCAUCUCGGCAGCCUGGCCUAUAUCGGCAACUCGGCCGUGUUCGAUCUCGGCCAAGGGUGGAACAUUACGGGCGGAUUGUGGGCUGUGUACGCCUGGCGUUCGGUGUAUUUCGCGCAGAGCAAGCGUCUUAAGGAGCAUCAUGUGCGAUAG